AUGCUUCGCCCUCUCCUCCGCCCUAGGUCUCUCCCCAAAUCCAUCAAACUACCGCCAUCAUGCGCCCUUUCCACCAAACCGGACAUCACCCUGUACACCUGGGGCACACCGAACGGGAUCAAGGCAUCCAUCACUCUCGAGGAACUGUCUCUACCGUAUAAAGUAUUCCCGAUUGACAUCAGCACCAACAUACAGAAGGAAAAAUGGUUCCUCGAUAUCAACCCCAAUGGGCGUAUCCCUGCCAUCACAGACGGGACACAGCGCGUCUUCGAAAGUGGCGCCAUCAUGCUCUAUCUUACAGAUCGAUAUGACAUACGCCGAACCCUGAGUUACGAGCGUGGAACUCCAGAAUCCAUCGAGUUGCUUUCCUGGUUGAUGUUUCAGAUGGGCGGGAUUGGACCUAUGCAGGGUCAAGCAAAUCAUUUCAGGGUAUAUGCAAAUGUCCGCUCCGAUUACGGGAUAAAGCGGUACAUCGACGAGACACGCAGGCUGUAUUCGGUUCUCGACUCGAGACUGGCCAAGAGCGCAUAUCUGGCCGGCUCGAAAUAUACGAUCGCGGAUAUUGCGAAUUUCGCAUGGGUCCGCAGCGGGCCAGUCGCCCUGGAGAUCGGGCUUGAGGAGUGGCCCGCGCUGGCGAAAUGGGUGGCGGAGAUCGAAGCCCGAGACGCUGUCAAGAAGGGCGUCGUCGUGCCAUAUCGUGAGGGCAAUUCGCCAGAGCAGGUGGCAGAGAGAUUCAAGGGGUUACGGGCACGGAUGGAUGCUUUGGGGAACACUGAUAAACAUUAA